AUGCUCACUGUAGCUAGUGCCCCAUUGCAAGACCUCUCUCUACAUGCUGCUACCAUCUCUUCACCUCCUAAGCAUGAUGAGAUCAAGAGCAGGUCUGAGGUUCCAACACUUCCCUUAUCCACCAUUGUAGGAGGGGAUAACUUCUUCUUCUUCUUCCUCCUCCUCCUCCUCCUCCUCGAACAGAUCACUUUUACUACCUCUUCCCCACCAUCACCCCCACCAUAUUAUAGAACAAACUUUUCUGUCUCGCACAGUGUCAUAGGAUCAGGGAGGUCCCACGUUUUCAGUGAACCAAUACGUUUGUUAAAUUGCACAGAUCUGGUACAUGCAGAUGAUAUAAGCCAGGACCUGUUCCUGAUCUUGCUGUGCAUAGAGUUGAGGCAGCAGAAGCACUGCCCACAUCUUUUAUUAAUAUCAACUAUGCUUGUGUGCAAGCCAGCUUCCAAUAAACAGAGGUUGUGUAACAGCAGCGUUUGA